AUUCAGUUUCGAGGUUAUAAGAAAAACCUUGACUUUGUGCUGCUGUUUGAUGCUUCCCAUUGUCUCUGACUACGUCACCAAGCUUGACGUUAUUUCGUGCAAUUAAAUAUGAUUUAAUAUAUGUGUAUAUGUAUAUAAAUAUACAUAAUACUGUAAACAGUGAUAGGACGAGUGUUGAACAAGAAAUAUAUUUUUAAAAAUUUGUUUUCUAAGUUAUAAGUUUUGAAAUCAUGGCUGCAGACGACGGGAACUGGCGGACACAGCAGUAUCGCCAGAAUGUCAUCGCCAAGAUAGACUUGGCGUUACAGAGCACGGGGAUACCACCCAUGAAAAAUAGCGCGGAGAUGGAAAAUUAUGUCUUCCAAAAAGCAAAAACUAAAGAGGAGUAUCACAAUUAUGUUGGAAAAGUUAUUGUGCACGUGACAGAAUUAAAUAAAAAAAAUCCGGCAGCUAGAGCUGGAGGGGCAACGGGUCAAGGAGUUCAAGAUCCGAUGGGAGCAUUACAGACACUGGCGAGACAAGGAACUGGUAACAACAACCAAGUGAUGGGUAUGACUGGUGGUGGACCUAAUCCACAGGGAAUGGUUCCACAGCAGUCUGCUAACGCUGCCAGUAAUCUCCUCCAGAGUUUGAACCAACGACCUGGUGGCCCGGCGGUGGGAAUGAACAUGCAGAAUAUGCCGAACAAGAUGCCGGGGAUGGGAAUGAUGGGUGGCCAGGGUGCUGGCACGAUGGGACAUAUGGGACACAUGGGACAGAUGCAGGGCAUGCAGAAUGCGCAGAUGAUUAAUCAAAUGGGUCAAAUGUCAACCGGAAAUAUUAAUCAGCAGAUAAAUCAAAUGGGUCAGGGUCAAGUUCAGCAAAUGGGUCAAGUUAAUCAAGGACAAGUAAAUAUGCAGCAACAGCAGCAGAUGAACCAUAUGCGCCAGGACAACAUGCAGAUGAAUAUGGGCCAGGUUCCAAUGGGACAGCAAAUGCAAGCAAAUCAGAUGCAGCAGAAUGUCCAGCAGCAAAUGCAAGGACAGAGACAGACGCAGAUGGUUAAUCAGAUGGGAGGAGCUCCGGUCCCUGGUAAUAUGCAAGGAGGUCCGCAGAAUAUCAAUCAGAUGGCUGCGGGGCAAGUCGGGGCACAGAUGAAUCCACAGCAACAGAUGCAGCAGGCGCAGCAGAUGAGUCAAGCUCAGCAAAUGAGUCAGGCGCAGCAAAUGGGUCAUAUGCAGAGAAAACCUGUGGAGAUGAUCAACGCUGGGUUUCCUGGACCGAGAAAUGUUACGCCCAAUCAGUUUUUGAGACAAAGUCCGUCGCCUUCGGUACCUAGUCCGGUUGGCUUAGCCGCACCGGCGAGUAAUCAGAUGAUUCCUUCUCCGGCUCUCGUGCCUUCGAGUCCUCAACAUACAAUGAUGGCUGGUCCACGUUCUGUUGGUAUGGUACCUUCUCCAAGUGGGUCUUUGAAUACACCGUUAGGUGCUGGAGCCGCUUCUAGUCCACAGGAUGAGCAAGCUUACAGAGAUAAAAUAAGACAGCUCAGUAGAUUUAUUGAGCCAUUGAGACGAAUGAUCACCAGAAUGGAAAGUGAAGGAAAUAUUGAUAAAAUGAGUAAGAUGAAAAAUCUGCUGGAGAUCUUGUCAAAUCCUUCCAAAAGAGUACCAUUGGAGACGCUAAUAAAGUGCGAGAUCGCGCUGGAGAAAACUGAUUGGAAACGAGAAGCCAGUGUUGGGCCAGUGGUGACACCCAUGAAGGAGCACCACAUUUUUACACCGCUUCUCGAAGCCGUGAGAGCGAACCUCCAGAGCCCAAUGGCCAACCACACGCUCCAGAGAACUUUUGGGCCCUGCUUAGAAGCUCUCUUUGGCCCGGAAAUAAAAAAUUUACCUCCGCCUUUAAAGAAACAAAAGGUCGAAGAGUCCGUCAGCGAGAUCCCAGAUGUCCUUCAAGGAGAGAUUGCCCGCUUGGACCAAAGAUUCAAGGUGAGUCUGGACCCAGCUCAGCAGAAUGGCUCCAAGUGCAUCCAAUUGAUCUGCUGGCUCGACGACCGACACCUUCCCUGCGUUCCUCCCGUCUCAGUGUCGGUGCCCUCUGACUACCCGCUGACGCCUCCUCGAUGUGUGAUGGCCCCCCACGAGUACACGACCGCGUUCCUCAGCGCCGUCCAGAAAGCCCUCACUGCCAGAACAACAAAAUUACCGCGACGUUUCUCCGUCUCGCAGCUUCUCGACACCUGGGAAAUGAGUGUCCGACAAGCCAGCGCUCCCACCCAGACCCCAGUCUCUACCAGUGCUAUUCUAAUGGGCCUAUAAAUCUACCACAACAAUAAUAACAUUUAAUCAUCGAUAUAUUUAUACAUAUAUUACAUAGAUUUAUUUUUAUCAAGUAUUUUUUAGAUUAAUAACCAUUUUUAUUUUACAAUUAACACAACGAACAUACAUCGAUAAUCAUUGUUGAAUCAUAGUAUUUUUUUUAAUGAUAUUGAGAUUAAUAAAUAUAAAUAUAAACAUAAAUUA